AUGUCACACUCAUCAGAGUCUGAUGGAGGAGAGAUCGAUCAGGCCAAGCAUGAUCAACUGUUUCUGAGCUUGAAAGCGAAGUUGAUGGCGGAUUAUGGGAUUGAUCCGGACCGUGAUUUUGGUCAGCCUUCGAGGGGGCGGCAGCAGCAUUCUCACGAUGACGACGACGAAGAAGAGGGAUGCGGUCACGCCACUUGCGAACAUGGACAUUCCGAGGACGUCCCUGGCUUGUCGUCGUCUGGGCUGAGUCUGAGUGAAUCCAUACUGGAGUAUCGUAUGGAGAACGGGAGGACGUAUCAUCGGUACAAGGACGGCAAAUAUACUCUUCCAAACGACCAGGCUGAGCAGGAGAGGUUAGAUCUCCAGCACAACGUCUUUCUCCUUACGUUUGACAAUAGGCUCGGACUCGCGCCGCCGUGCCAGAAGGGCGCCGAAGUCCCUGGCAGGGUCCUCGACGUUGGAACGGGGACGGGGAUAUGGGCUAUUGACUUUGGCGACGAACAUCCCGAAGCCGAAGUCCUUGGGAUCGAUCUUUCGCCUAAUCAACCUACUUUCCUACCGCCAAACGUCGACUUUGAAGUAGACGACAUUGAGGAGGAGUGGGUGUUUGACGAGCCGUUUGACUAUAUCCACAGCCGUCUCAUGACAUCCAGCAUCGCAGACUGGAAGGAGUACCUGAAGAAUUGUUACGACAACCUCACACCAGGAGGCUACCUCGAGCUCCAAGAAGUCGACGUAGGCCCCUCCUGCGACGACGGCACCCUCGACCCCACGACCUCGGCUCUGGCGCGGUACUGCAACCUCUUACACGAGGCCUCGGUGAUGCUGGGCCGGCCGUACCAGGAGAUCCCCAAGCUCGCCGGCGUGAUGCGCGAUCCGGAGAUCGGGUUCGUGGACGUCGAGGUCCGCGUGUUCAAGUGGCCUACCAACGGGUGGCCUGCCGCGGACACGGAGGAAGGGAGGAGGUUGAAGGAGGUAGGCGUGUGGAGCGGGGAGAAUAUCGUUGCCGGGCUCGAAGGGUUCGCGAUGGCGCCGUUUACGAGGGCGUUUGGGUGGUCCAAGGAGGAUGUUGACGCGUUUUUGGUGGAUGUGAAGAGGGAGAUGAGGGAUGAGAGUAUCCAUGCUUACGGACUUGUGUAUUCCAUUGUGGGCAGGAAGCCUCUAGGAUAA